GCGUCCUUCACUUCCCAGCUGGACCGAGUGGCAGCGCCGUCACGAGAGCGUAACGCUACUGCUAAACCGCACCUGUUCAGGUGAAUCGACCCCCCCAGCCCCUCCUCCCGCCCCUUCACACACACACACAACCCUGCAUCAACGCGGGACAUCCGACCACCUGUGAACCAUGGAAGAGGACGCGUCCCGCGCCGAGCUCGGCAGCACGCACACCGUCCCGCAGCCCGAGGACGAGGGGCUCCUCACCCCGAGCUUCAGCCCGUCCUCCGUCCCGUCCUCUCCGAACCCGAGCGGCACCCUGUCCCGGUUCGGUUUGAAAAGCCCGACCAGCCCGACCGCGACGCUGGCGCCGGGGAGCCCCGUGGACCGCGGCCAGGUGAGCGCCAUCACCGUGGUGGCGCUGCUGGACAAGCUGGUCAACAUGCUGGAGGCGGUGCAGGACAACCAGCAGCGGAUGGAGCAGCGGCAGGCCGACCUGGAGGGCGCCGUGCGGGUCGUGCAGGGGGACGUGACCCGCCUGUCCAAGACCCACAUCAGCACCUCCAACAGCGUGAGCAAGCUGCUGGAGCGCUCCCGCAAAGUCAACGUCAACCUGAAGGACGUGCGGGAGCGCCUGGACAAGCAGGCGGUCCACGUGAAGAAGCUGGAGGCGAACCACGGCCACCUGCUGAAGAGGAACCACUUUAAAGUCAUCAUCUCCCAGGAAGACAAUGAGAUCCCCUCCAGUGUGUUUGUCAAGGACUCCGCCAAGACCCCGCAGCCGAGUCAGUACGACGCAGAUUCCCUCCUCCCUUCUCAGUCUGUGACAGGCUCUAUUGCUGGCAGCCGCGCCAACGAUGAGGGUCUUCAGACCAUUAGCUUGUCCUCCGAUGACGAAGAUGUCCUCACAGUACACCAUGAGGAGUAUGAGAUGUGCGAGAGCAACGACGCAAUGGGUCCAGCCACAUCCCACUCGUUUGAGAGGAGGGCUGACAAGUUCAAGCGCAACAGCCUGAAGAAGGUCGAUAGCCUCAAGAAGGCCUUCUCGCGCCAGAGCAUUGAGAAGAAGGUGACCCAGAUCACCACCAAGAUCGUGCCGCCGGAAAAGCGGGACAAAAUCAGGAAGAGUCUCACCCCGAACCUGCCCAAGAGCCCGACUGCCAAGUCCUCCUCUUUCAAGGUGUCUCCGAUGACCUUUAACGUCAAGAAGGUCAGAGACGGCGAGGCCCCCACACAAGACCAGGGCUUACAUUGGGAAGAAGCCCACGUGGAGAUUCCUGCUCUUGAAAACUUAGAUGAAGAGAUUCCCCUGGCAGAGGCUCAUACCCAGGUUGGAGUUGUGGAGAAGGUCCAGGAGAUGGUGAGUCCCUCCACCCCAGACAGCAUGAAGGCCGAGCUGGCGAUCAAUGGAGAAGCACCCAGCAUUGAGUGCGAGAUAAAUGGCGACCGCUCUGCCGGCCUGGCAGUCCCAGAGCUUGAUGAAGAUGUUGGCGAUGAGGAGGAAGACGAAGUGGAAGAAAAGGAGAAUCACAAGAGCCCUGUUGAGACCGCAGCAGACCCCAAGAUUGCUACUGCAACUAUUACUGUAGAGCAAGUGUCUUAAUAUGAUUUUAAUUUUAGUGAGCAGCAAUUGUAGUUCCCCAUUCAUUCUAUUCUUGCGCCAGUUUUAUUAUAAAUUAUCCCUCCGAUGUAAACAGCCUUUGAACCCCAAUAUACAAAAUAACAUGCUCUAAGCUUCCGAAAGUAGUCUAUCUUCGGACAAUUUCUGCCAACUCUACCUUUUAUUAUUACCAGCUCAGUCCUUGGACAUUAACACACACAGUGUAAGACAACUUGUUUCACGACUGGAUCUUGCAGUGUAUCCAAAUCCAGUGCAGGUGCUUCCUAAACCCUGAAGCAGGGCUGUCCAAAGAAAGCACCGUAGCCCCAAUGUACCACAACUUCCAUCAACUGGUGCCUGUGUCCUCGAUGUCCUCGAUCUCCGGGCCAAGUAUCUCCCCAGCGCUGUUUUUCUGCCUCUGGAGCUUUCUGCCACAGUGACAAAUAACCCAUUUGUUCUUUAUGUCUUUUGUUUUUUUGUGUGAAAGAAAAUAGUAAAUCUUUGGCAACAGUGCCCCUACCCAGUGGCUGUUGAGGCAGCGUGUUGCCAGGUUGGGCUCUAGUUGGAAUGGGGAGGUUCUGGGUUUUCAAUGAAAAGGCCCUGUGGUGUUUUGUCAUGAACCAGAGGCUGUUUAAUGAAUUCUUUGGACCUACGGGGAAAUAAGCCCAGAUCUUAACUAAUAGGUGUCUAUAUUUCCGUCAUCCCAGUGACGAUGUCUUGACUCCUAUUCUUAACCUGCGAUCAACAUUUUGUUCAUCGCUGCCAUAGUGACAUUUCUAAAAUACCACAUGGGUGAUAAAUCAAAAUGUUGCAGUUCAUUUGUGGUUGUCUGGUCAGAAAAUCCCAGGUGCAGACAAUUAGAAUAGAUGGCAUUCAAAAGAGUCUAAAUGGUCUUGCGAAUCCCACUAAUUAAAAGCGAGAUAAAAGAAAAUGCUUGUAAAUGGGUUUGUGCUUAGAUAAUGCCUAGAAAAACUAGGGAACAAGAACCCUGCCGGUUUUAAUACUGACAUAUUAAAUAUCCCUUGGGCAGCCCUUUGUCCACUCUAUGGACCAAAUUUAUGUGUUUUAUGUACAGCAAUUAUUUUUUGUUUUUCUCAACGCGAGGCACCCAACUCUCCAAGUAUUAACACUUUAAACCCAUUAAAAUAGUAACUUUGCGAUAACCGUCUUUAUACAGUGAAUGUUGUAUCUGUGAAUUUCUUUUGAGUUACUAUAUGAAACUUGGGUGUUUAUAAGUCGUCUGUUUUUUUCUUUCAGGCAUCCAUAACUUACAUGGUGAAAUGUUUACUACAUUAUAUAUGUUUAAGCCUUAAACCACUAAGUCCCUUUCCCCUAGAUAAAUACACACACAGACAGACACACACACACACACACACACACACACACACACCUAGCGUGCCUUUUACCUUGCAUAAGCUGGUAUGAGUAGCUUCGGUCUUGAAGGUGUGGAUUGACUUUGUAGAUAAGAAUGAUUAAUGAAUGUGUUUUUUUCUUUAUAGCUAACACUUUAUGGGGCAUAAUCAUGGGUUGAUACAAAAUACUGAAAGCUUAGAACGCUUAAGUUAAAAUGAUGUGCAAAUUCACUCAUCAGGGUUCAAACCUCAUGUUUGAACCUCAUGCAGAAAAGUUACCUUUUUCAAAGUUGCCUUUCCUCCACGCGUCCAAUGCAAGGACUGCCUCAAAAUGCUUUAGCAAGUGCCAAGCAUCCAGACACCGAGAGAGGUCAGAGAGGUGGACGAAGGUAGAAGACAGCAUUCCUAGCUUUGACGUAUGACUCCUGUUUGGCCCACUUUCUACACUCUCAUGCUCCCCUUUGAGACUAUGCCAAGAGGGAGACGCUCUGGAGCCACAGGUGUUAACCCCCCCCCCCCACCCGCCCCUCGAUGAAUGCUCCUGUGCACGAGCGUGUGGCGGAAAGAGGUCAAGCUUGGGUGUGGAAAAGAACUUUGUUGGAAAGGAUGAGAAAGUCACCGUUGUGCUAGGCGUGCAAUGGAAACGUAUGUUAGAUCACAAGAUCUUUGGAACUAAGUAUGCAAAAUGAAUUUAAAAAAAAUGAAAAAACAGUUUACUGGGGUCUGAAAAAUGAAGAGGUGAGGAGUGGUGAACAUGAACAUACUUUACACUGUUGCUUUACUUAAAGCUUUUCACUGUAUGUGCUUCAUUCAUUAUAGAAAUGAACCUGCCAGUUUGCUCAAAUGGGAUCUGUAAGGAGAAAAUAAAUAAAUAGACAAGAACGAUUUCAAAGAACUUU